AUGGGAGCAUCAUUAGGGUUCAUUCAUGGUUUCGGCUGUCAUUAACCACGUAGUCGACAUGAAACUAUUGAUGUAAUACAAGUCGCUAUUUCGAAUUCCAUAUUCUGUACCGCUUAAUAGUCUGCAUCGCAUCCAGCCCAGGGAGGCUGAUUCUGUUGUCAAGGCAGUUGCUGAGAUUGAGCAAAAUGCCAGCUUACCGGGGAGAAGGUUCUCCUACGAUGCAAAUGACCGAUUGGGGAGAACGUAUCACACGCAGCUCGACUGAAUGCAAAGUUACAACGCACAUCACCGAGACAGCAGACCGUGUAAUCGAUACAUCGCUCAAUCGGCGACGGGCUCUCUUUGAGACUACUAGGCGAGUUCUGGCAAGUGCCGUGAACGAGGGCCUGGCCAGCGCAACUAUAGUGAGGUCUAUACAUCCAAACUUGGUGUUGUGUCUACAUGACCCAGCUGGAAUUGUAGAGACUUGGAUCAAAUGUGGUCUCCGAAAUUCCGCCUAUGUUGAGAACAAUGAUGGGAGAGUCACUGGAUUUCUACGUGCGGAUGAUCUACUUCCUCCAGUGCUCACUCAAGCAGUCGAAGGGGAAGUAUCAGAAGAUUUAGACCCAGGUGCCAUUUGCCGCAUUAUCUGCAUCUGGCAACCUGAAAAUUUUCCGAGUGCCGCCGUAGAUACACUUGUGAAGGAAGUCCGAAAUUCUGCCGACAAUCAAGAAAAAUGGCUGGAGAUAGCCAGUACUCAGCCGACGCUACAUCUGAAGUCCCCUUUGUGUGAUUGGGAGCAGUCCGUUGUGCUUGGACAUCCAACGCAUCCGGUGAGCUGUCCCACUACCUUUCUUGAUCCUAAUUGCCUUAGUGUUAGCGCUGUGAAGCUACACCGGGCAUGUCUUGCCCAGCCGCCUUUGAAGCCCAUGACACCUGACGAGAUAUCUGAGCUGCUGGAACCUGAGCUAUCGUUUCUGUCUUUGCCACGAUCAGAAAUGAAAACCUUCGGACCAUACACGAGUUUACUUAAACCUCUUUUGGAGCAAUUAGGGAUUUCUAGCCCUGAGUCACCAGACAGAGUAGUACCACCGUGUUUCACUCGUCAGCUUCCGAGCAUCCUGCCGCUCUUUCCUGAUGCACGCCACAUUGGUGCUGUUAGAAGAUGCUGUCGUGCGCAGAUUUCAAUGCGUACUAUAUCAUUCCUCCCUGAUGUGGGGUCUCCUUUGCAUCUUAAGCUCUCACUGAAUUGCCAGAUCACAUCAGGCCCGAGGACUAUUACACCGUGGACUGCUGCUUUAAGUCCAGCGCUCAGUACGGCGCUGAGAGCCUUACUGCCCAGUCCUGACCUCUUUGGGCGAUCCAGAUGCCAAGGCAGUGCAUGAUCACUUCAUGAAUAAGACUAUGGCGUUCAAGUGUUUUAUGGAAAUGCGACUACGAAAUAUCUAUCGUGAUUAUUAUGAGAGAGAGCUGCCGAAUGUUCUCCUCCGGGAUAUGCAGUCAAAAGAUGACCCUACUAGCAAAGUAGAAGUUUG